UACUCCGUAGUAUGGAGUAUAUAUCAUUCCAUCAUCGAGCGACGAUUACCUCAGUCAUCUGCAGGCUUUCUGUUAGCUCAAACAAAGAGCUAGCGAUGGAGUUGGAUAGUGCGCUGAGCUUCCUGAAAGAUAGAACCAUUCUUAUCACCGGCGCCACCGGCUUCUUGGCAAAAAUUUUUGUGGAGAAAAUUCUUCGAGUUCAGCCAAAUGUGAAGAAGCUGUUUCUUCUUCUGAGGGCCGAAGAUACCACUACGGCCAGACAACGUUUGAACUAUGAGGUACUGGGAAAAGAGUUGUUCACAGUCUUGAAGGAAAAGUACGGGGAAAGGUGGAAUGGUUUAGUUUCAGAACGGGUGAAGGUGGUGGCGGGAGACAUCUCUCUUGAGGAUUUGGGCAUCAAAGAUUCUAAUUUGUUGGACCUGUUAUGGCGGGAAGUCGAUGCUGUGGUUAACCUGGCCGCGACUACUAAUUUUGAUGAACGCUAUGAUGUGUCCAUGAAGAUUAAUACACUGGGCGCUAAACACGUGUUAAACUUCGCCCAAAAGUGCAAAAAUUUAAGAGUUCUUCUUCACGUAUCAACAGCUUAUGUAAGCGGUGAAAGGGAAGGGCUGAUACUGGAAAACCCACACAAAAUGGGGGAAACUUUGAACGGAUCAUGUGGACUUGACAUUAAGAGAGAGGAGAUGAUAAUAUUUGAAACUUUGGAAAUGCUCCGAGCUCAAAAUGCUUCUGAGAAAUCCAUUACUUUGGCCAUGAAAGACCUUGGCAUCAAAAGGGCAAAGGCGUAUGGGUGGCCAAACACCUACGUAUUCACAAAGGCUAUGGGUGAGAUGCUUUUAGGAAAAUCAAGAGACAAUGUGCCUCUAGUAAUUAUACGUCCAACUAUUGUAACUAGCACCUACAAGGAACCUUUCCCUGGCUGGAUUGAAGGUUUGAGAACUGUUGACAGCUUAGCAGUUGCUUAUGGAAAAGGAAAUAUAACAUGCUUCCCUGGUGACCCUGAGAUAAUUAUGGAUGUGAUCCCGAGUGAUAUGGUGGUAAAUGCCAUGAUAGUAGCCAUGGUAGCACAUGCAGAUCAACAAGGCACCGAGAGUAUAUACCAUGUGGGGUCAUCGAUGUCGAAUCCAGUGGAGUUUAAAGCGUUGCAAAAAUUUGUGUACAAUUACUUCACACACCACCCAUGGAUAAACAAGGAUGGAAAACCCAUUCUUGUUGGAGAGAUAACUGUGUUGAGCAGUGUUGAAAUCUUUGAAAGAUACAUGUUCAUUCAUUAUCUCAUCCCUUUGAAGGGUUUGGAGAUGGUGAACAAGGCAUGUUGUCAGUAUUUCCAAAGGGUAUACGAUGAGACGCACAAAAAAAUCAGGGUAAUGAUGAGGAUGGUAGAAUUGUACCGGCCCUACGCAUUCUUCAAGGGAGUAUAUGAUGAUAUGAACACAGAAAAAUUGCGGAGAGCGACAAAGGAAGAAAACAUUGAGACAGACUUGUUCUAUUUUGAUCCAAAAAUAGUCAACUGGGAAGAUUAUUUCAUCAAGACUCACUUUCCUGGAGUGAUGAAAUACGUCUUCAAGAUUCGUAAUUAGAAGUGUUAUUUCGCUACUUGCCUUAUGAACUGCUGCAGAAUGCGGGGAAAACUGUACUCCCAUAUCAUUUGUGCACUUUUUUGUACCAAUAAUAAUACCCUAAUGUGUUAAAAUUCCUCCCUUAUUUAUGUGGUUUUAUGCAAACAGCAAACAUACUUAGUACAUGAAAUGGGUUCUGUUAUUUGGUUGUCUAAGGUUUUUAAUAAAAUUAUAA